AUGGAUAGUUCAGAGAAGGUUGUUGCUGUGAUUAUGGUGGGUGGACCCACCAAAGGAACUAGAUUUCGACCUCUUUCUUUCAAUACUCCAAAACCCCUUUUCCCUUUGGCUGGACAACCUAUGGUUCAUCAUCCUAUUUCUGCUUGUAAAAGGAUACCCAAUUUAGCUCAAAUAUAUCUAAUUGGAUUCCAUGAGGAACGAGAAUUCGCUCUAUACGUCUCUUCAAUUUCAAACGAGCUGAAAUUGCCAGUAAGAUAUUUGAGGGAAGAUAAACCACAUGGCUCAGCAGGUGGCCUUUACUACUUCAGAGAUAUAAUCAUGGAAGACAGUCCAUCACAUAUAUUUCUGCUAAAUUGUGAUGUUUGCUGCAGUUUUCCACUACCAUCCAUGCUUGAGGCUCAUAUAAAGUACGGUGGGAUGGGGACAAUGUUAGUAAUCAAGGUUUCAGCUGAAUCUGCUAACCAGUUCGGCGAGUUGGUUGCUGAUCCAGACACUCAUGAAUUGCUGCAUUAUACUGAGAAACCCGAGACAUUUGUUAGUGAUUUGAUAAAUUGCGGUGUAUACAUUUUCACACCUGAUAUUUUUAAUGCCAUCGAGGAUGUAUCUACGAACCGAGAAGGAAGAGCUAAUCUCCGACGUCUUUCCAGCUUUGAAGCUCUCCAAUCUGCGACCAGGACUCUUCCGAAAGAUUUUGUAAGACUGGAUCAAGAUAUACUAUCACCUCUAGCUGGAAAGAAGAAGUUGUAUACGUACGAGACGAAUGAUUUCUGGGAGCAAAUUAAAACUCCGGGCCUGUCUUUGAAAUGCUCGGAGUUGUAUCUUGCUCAAUUUCGAUAUACUUCCCCGCAUCUUUUGGCCAACGGAGACGGUAAAAAGAAUGCUAAAAUUGUUGGUGAUGUAUAUAUUCAUCCGUCUGCAAAAGUUCAUCCAUCUGCAAAGAUUGGUCCAAAUGUUUCUAUCUCAGCAAAUGUUCGUGUUGGUGCUGGCGUCAGGUUAAUCGGCUGUAUAAUAUUGGACGAUGUUGAAAUUAAGGAAAAUGCUGUUGUCAUAAACUCUAUUGUUGGAUGGAAGUCGUCGCUUGGAAGAUGGUCACGCGUUCAGGCUGAUGGUGAUUACAAUGCGAAGCUCGGCAUAACCAUCCUAGGUGAAGCUGUGACAGUUGAAGAUGAAGUAGUGGUGAUCAACAGCAUUGUUCUUCCUCACAAGAUUCUUAAUGUCAGUGUGCAAGAUGAAAUCAUCUUAUAA